AUGGCAUUCAAAGACAUUGCCAUUCUUCUUUUCUUCAGCACAAUUCUUCAAUACCAACUACACAAAUCAAUAGCAUUAGAUAAUCAAACAUGGAUAAAAGCUGGUUAUUGGCAAUAUGGUGAAACAUCCAAUAUUGAAAGCAUCAAUUCAACUUUAUACACUCACCUCAUCUACGGCUAUGCUGAUAUGUACUAUAAUUCAUCAACAGAACAAGUAAAUGUCACAAUAUCAUCAGAUGAUGAGCCAGUUAAAAACUUCAAUAGCAUUGUCAAGAAGAAAAAUCCAUCAAUCAAAACACUUGUAUCAAUUGAGAUGAACCGAACAAUGUCCAAUGCAAACUUGAUUACCGGAAGAAAAUUCUUCAUUGAAUCAUCCAUUGAAAUCGCUCGAUCGUAUGGUUUUGAUGGCCUUGAUUUCACCUGGAGUUGGCCUAGUUCGUCCCAAGAAAUGUCGAAUUUGGCUACCCUUUUGGAUGAUUGGAGAGUAGCUAUUGAUCUUGAGUCCAAGCAAGCGAAAAAUCCGCGACUUUUAUUAACAAUGAUUAGCAAAAACACACCUUGGAUUGAAGAUUGGACUUAUCCAAUUGAGUCAAUGAAGGAAAACUUGGAUUGGUUACAUGUAUUUGCAUUUGAUUACUAUGAACCAUGGUCAACAAAUAACACAUCCCCUUUUGCAGCAUUGUAUGAUCCAAAUAGUGAUUUGAACACUGAUUAUGGGAUUAAUGCUUGGAUCAAAUAUGGUUUUCCUAGUCAAAAGAUUGUUUUGGGAUUGCCAUUUUAUGGUUGUGUUUGGACAUUGGUUAGUCCAGAAAAUAACCAAAUUGGCGCGGCGGCAACAGGGGCAGGGCCUGCUAUAAUGUGUCUGAAAAUGAGCCGUUCGCGAGUAAUUUUGCAUUGUUGGGAUAAUAAUAUCAAGACAUACAUGAUAAAAUACCGCGCUAAUAAUUCAUCGUAUAAUUCAACUUAUGUGAUGAAUUAUGUCUCUGUUGGGACAAGUUGGGUUGGAUUUGAUGAUGUUGAGGCAGUGAAAACCAAAGUUUCCUAUGCAAAAGAGGGAAUUUGA